AUGGUUGCAAAGCGGUUGCAUGUGCACUGCGACUGUCUGCUGCAAGCCCUGGAGCUUGCUGGCUUCACGAUCCUGCGCGAAGCCUGGCUGGCGGAGGUGAUGGAGCAGAUUACGAGGUUCAACACGCUCGACGUGGACGAGUUCAUGCAAAUGCUACAGAUGUACGAGGAGAGGCAUUACGCCGAAUUUGUCACGGUGUUUGAGCACUUCGACGAUGACAGCAGCGGGACACUGGAGGCCCAUGAGCUCGCCAACCUGCUGGAGCAAUGUGGCAUCACGGCCCUGGACCAGGUCCUCAAGGAGAUCAUGGUCGAGGUCGCACCGGUUGACCCCGGCUCCAUCACAAUGGAUGAGUUCAAGCGGGUUAUCGAGAUCAUCCACGUCAACGAGGGCUUCUCCUCCCGUGAGAUCAUCAAGCUCAAGGAGGUGUUUCGCAAGUUCGACUUGGAUAGGGGCGGUACGAUGGACACAAGCGAGCUGCACAAAGCGAUGGCAUGGCUUGGCUACGGGCUGACCAAAGAGGAGGUGCAGCUGAUCUCUGACAGCUGCGACGUAGGAGGUAAAGGCAUGUUGGAGGAGUGCGAGUUCUUCGGAUUCAUGCGCAAGGUGAAGGAGAAGGAGAUUGCCAUGGUGAAGCGGGAGUUGAAGAAGCAGCGCCCGAUCGGUGGAGCUGUGUACAUGCAGAAGCAGUUGGAUCGCGUGUUGAGGGCUCUGGGCUACAUCCCAAAUGCGCAAGCCAUCCGCGAUGCCGCAGAGGAUGCGGCCAUCAUCCGCCCGAACUUGGCGGAGGGCAUUGACGUGCACGGACAGGGCAAUCAUCCCUGGAAGCCGGCUGUUGCGGGGGUCUGCAAAACGUUAAGCGGCAGCAGGCGCACAAGCGUCGGCAGCACCGCUGUCCGUCGACUUUCUGCGCUCUCAGCGAUUUCUGGCGCUGGGCGCCGGGAUUCCAGCAACCACAGCGCCAACCACAGUCGUGCCAGCAGCACCUUCAUGCCUGCUGUGUCUCCAUAUGACUUUCAAGUUGUCAUGCCAAAGACGAUCACGAUCUCGAACUUUUUCCUUUUCCUGGAGGUCUAUCGAUACAGGGAAGGUCUGGACAGGAAACAGAUCAUGGAGCUCGACGCCGCUUUCAAUAAGUACGACCGGCGCGGUUAUGGGGAGAUCGAUGUCAAGGACGUGGGGAAGGUGCUUCGCUGGAUGGGAUACUCCGCCAGCUUCGAUGUCCAACAGAUGCUUAUCAAGGAGGUGGACAUCGAUGAGUCUGACACGUUGGAUGCCGUCGAGAUGCGAAAGCUGGUUCGGAAAUUCCAGGAGAAGGAGCUGACCUCAUGGACGACAGCCUUCAGCCAAAGCCUCCAGAAAGGCUGCACCUGCUUGGAGGUGCCAGCAUGUGUUCGCACCCUGCGAAGCCUGGGCAUCAAGGCCACGGAUGCGGAGGUGGAGGAAAUCCGUGCAGCCAUCGCGGCCAGCUUCCCGAGCAACAAGAAGCGGCGAUUCAGCUCCAUCAUGGCCCCGGCAGAGGGCACGGGCUCUGUCAAGCUUGGCGCGCCGGUGAGCAUGUUGCUCAGCCGUCCCAGCAAGGACAGGCUCUCCGUCACCUCGGGCAUCCGCAGCAGAUGCAGCAGCUCCUCCAGCUUCGCUGCCAUCUCGACGAGCUCUAGUUCCGAAGACGAUCAUGAUGAAUCUUCGGAUGAAGGGGGCAUCGAGGACUACACAGGCAAAAGCAUCGACCUGGCCGUGUUCCACCUGAUUUGUGCCAAGAUGGUGGCAGAUGCCAAACUCGCUGUGAGGGCCAACGCAGGGUACACCAUGGAGGAGGUGGCCGUGAUGCGCGAGAAGUUCGCACGGUAUGACGCCGAUGGCAGUGGCGACAUCGACAACCACGAGCUUGGCAAGCUUUUCCAGGACCUGUGUCCUGACAUGGCAUCCAAUAUGGCCAAGCGCGCCGAGGUUGCGCGAAUACUCGCCGAGGUCGAUCCAGACAAGACAGGAUCUUUGGACUUCCCGGACUUCUUGAGGCUCAUGCGUCAGGUGGACGACAUGCAAGACCGCCUGCGCAUGGCCAAGGAAGCUUUCGCGGUGGAAAAGACAAAGUUUUCAUCGCGGGAGGUGGAGGAUUUUCGGCGGAUCUUCCUGGGCGAGGAGUCCGAAGAUGGAUCCAUGCGCGGCAUCCUUAGGUUGGACGAGUUUCUAGAGAUGCUGGGCCCGGUCGUUGGACUUGGCAAAUCGAAUGCAGACGAGCUGACGUGCCUCUUCUUUGACAUCGAUUCCCACAUGCAUGCAGAUUUCAGGGAGAAGGUAGUCGCCCCGCUGAGUCCCAAGAACCAGCGUUACGAGAGCAUGCCUGUCAACAAGCCUCGAAUUGCGGUGGACUUCCCCGAGUUCUUGAUCCUGAUGCACAUGCUGCUGCAAAAGAACACCUGCCGAGUCAAGGAGCACAGCAAGUACAUUGCCGAACUGGGGCACCGCCACUCCAUUCCGCAGGUCCACGUUCGUCGACCAUCGUACCGGCUGCAUUGA